AGGUACGAUAGGAGAGAAUAUAUAGGAAUCUGAAGGCUUGGUUUCGUCAUAAUAAUGCUUUUCCGUUGACCGGCUUGGAAGUGCUUUGUCCUUGUAUUAUCUGCCGAAUUGAAAAAGAAGUUGUAACAAGAUGCCUUCCUACAAAUUGACUUAUUUCCCGGUUAAAGGAUUGGGUGAACCAAUCCGUUUUCUCUUUAGCUAUGCUGGUAUUCCAUUUGAGGAUGAUCGCUUCACAACUGAGGACUGGCCAAAGAUAAAACCUACUACUCCUUAUGGCCAAGCUCCAGUCCUUGAGGUUGAUGGAAAGAAAGUUGCUCAGUCUGUAGCUAUUUGCCGUUAUUUGGCUAAACAAUGUGAUUUAGCUGGAAAAGAUGAUUGGCAAGCCCUUGAAAUUGAUAGUACUGUUGAUACUAUCCAUGAUAUUCGUGCAAAACUUGCUGCCUACCACUAUGAACAAAAUGCAGAAACCAAAGCUGCAAAACUCAAAGUCGCUAAGGAGGUGGUUCCGGAUGUUCUGGCACGUUUGGAUGCUCAAGUGAAGAACAAUGGUGGUUACUUUGUCGGUGGUGCUCUUACCUGGGCUGAUUUGACAUUUGUUGCUAUACUCGACUAUUUGAAUUUCAUGUAUAACUCUGAUCUUAUUGAAAAGUAUGAGAAUCUGAAGCAGCUGAAAGACAAGGUUCUCAAUCUACCUGCUAUCAAGAGUUGGGUUGAAAAGCGCCCAAAAACUGACGCCUAAAUUUUCAUUUCUCAAUUGCUUAUGGUUUUGCAAGCACCGGUUUUGAGAAAUAUAAAUGAAACUACGGAGAAUAAUGAAAUGUCCAACUACAAGUUGACUUACUUCAACAUCACCGGCCUUGCUGAGCCAAUCAGAUACCUCCUACACCAAAGUGGCAUUAAGUUCGAGGAUCAGAGAUUGACACCUGAGGAAUGGUCGGCAGUGAAAUCUGGUAUGCCAAUGGGUCAAGUACCCGUGUUGGAAAUCGAUGGUAAAAAGUACCAUCAAUCGAAGUCCAUUGGUCGGUACCUGGCAAGGAAGAACAAUCUGGUCGGUUCCAACGACGAGGAAGCUUAUCAAAUCGAUGCCACCAUCGACACCAUCGACGAGUUGAGAUUGGCUCUUGCGCAACACCACUGGGAAAAAGAUCCUGCACUGAAGGAGAAAUUCAAGGCUGGGGUCAGUGCCAAGUUCCCUUCGUACCUUGACAAGUUGGAGGAACAGGUGAAGAAGAACGGUGGACACUUUGUUGGUGGAAAGCUGACGUGGGCAGACCUUCACUAUGCUGCACAGUCAGAGACCCUGUCAGGAAUGCUGCAGCACGACGUGAACAAAGACCAUCCUGAGCUGAAGAAGUUGGUGGAGAAAGUCAGGUCGCUGCCCAACAUCAAAUCAUAUCUGGAGAGUCGUCCCAAGACUGUAAUUUAAAUCCUAUGAAGACUCUACUCGUGCGAUUCUCAAAUAACUUUCCAAAGAUUCUGCACGAUCCACUGACUGAUUUAUUCUUUUCGCAUCAGUUACUCGCACACGUUUCACAUUCUAUCAUGUUCGAUACAAACUCCGCGUUACAUUUACACGAACGUACAGGCAAAGGGAGUGGGCACAUUGCACGCAUUGUUAUGUAUGAUGGAAGUACAAAAAUAAAUAACGUUUACGUUUAUUGAAGAA